AUGAGGAUCACAACUCUCCUCUCAACGAUCUGCGCCGCUGCGCUCGUGGCAGCCGAGCAGCGCACCGCCCAAGUCUACAUCCAGCCCAUCCAACCCUCACCCUCAACCCCCCAACCCCUAGCUGAGAUCGCCUACGACGCCGCCUCGCUCAUCUCCACCGAGAUCGUAUCCUACGAAGCCCCCGUGCUUCCUGAGACAGCCUCGCUCGUGCGCGUCGGCAUCUACGACCCCAAGUCUGCGCGCUGGAUCGCCGGCACAACCGCUGCGUCGGCUGAGAACUUUGACCGUGGGUACGCGCCCACGAUAUUGCUGUCUGUGGAUGAGAGCGGCGAUGUGCACAGCGUGGCGCUCAAGGGCGUUAGAGUCGAUGCUGGGCAGACGAGGGACUUUGGCCCUUCAGCGAUUGUGAUUGCGGACAAGAAGGGUAGUCAGCCUGAGCUGAACAAGCCGGUUGUGCUGUCACCUAACGGUCGCAAGGCUGAGGAAGAGGAGCCCAAGUCAUUCUUGCAAAAAUAUUGGUGGAUGAUUGGCAUUGCGGUGGUCAUGUCGCUGGCCGGAGGAUCUGAGAAAUAG